AUGAAUAUUUGCUUUUUCUCCCCAGCUCCUCUACGCUAUGAGCUUGGUGACGGUCAUACCUACGACUACGUGGAAGGCGUUUUCCCUUAUGAGUUGGCAUCCGAAAUCAAGGAUCUCGUGCCGUCCAAUGACAAAGGUUUCUCAUAUUUUGACCCAGAAUCGGCCAAGGCCUCGCUGCAAGCAGUCGAAGACCUGGAAAACUUCAUCGCCAGUGAGGGACCCUAUGACGGAGUCCUAGCUUUUAGUCAAGGUAUGAUGUUGGCAUGCACCCUUCUGAUGCGUAAUGUCGAGAAAAAGAAACCGUUGCCCUUCAAAUGCGCUAUUUUCUUCUCGCCUCGCAUGGCACCAUUGGACUAUGCAGAUCUAUGCCGUGGCGUCUUCACGGAGAUCGAGACCAAGCGGGUCACCCAAGCCAUUGAGAUUCCAACAACCCUAGUGUGGGGCUCAAUGGACCCACACGCCCCUAAAGCAAUCGACAUGCAGAAACUAUUCACUCGCGAUGGUCUCUCGACUUGCGUUCACGAUGGUGGUCAUGAGAUCCCAGGCUAUGCACUGAAGAAGGGGCUAUUGGAUACGGUCAAUGUGAUCAGGAGAACAACCAACCAAGCUGUGCAGAUCUUCCCUCGGGAGUAA